AUGGUCAAUUUCAUCAACAGAAUGCUUGGGCGAGACGGCGAGCGUCAUGAGGGGGGGAAUGAGGGAGAGCACCGUGCUCCCGAUGAGAGAACGCAGCUCCUGCCACGCGAGCGCGAGCAGUAUCUGAGUCCCGAUGAUCCUGCCCUUCUCGACCAGGUCUCCCCCUACAACCUCUGGAGUGUCCGGGCUCUGCGCGGCCUUUCGACCGCAUUCCUCGCAGUCAGCUUCAUCUGGUGGACAUUUCUACUCGUCUCCCUCUUCGUCAGUGCACCGGCACUGCACACGCGCGGAUCAGGUUUUUUCGCAUUUGCAUAUACCACGUUAACGGUUGGAUACAUCCUGUUCGGGCUCCUCUUUUUCUCGGUCCCGUCAAAGCCAAUGACGGUGUGGGGUUUCGUGCUUGCUAUAUUCUUAUUCAUCGAUAUGUGUAUAACAGUGGCCGUACCAUCUAUUCGCGUUGAAGAAGGCUGGGUCGGAAUUGCCAGUGUAGUAUGGGCAUUCCUCAUGGCACUCUACAACAUCAUCCAGAACCGCUACGUUGCUUGGGGUAAACGCGAAGAGGAAGAACGCCUGACAGGCCGCGAGGAAACCCGCUGGACUUUACGGGAAUGGCUUGCUGUCCUGACUGAGACUCUUUUCAUGGCUCUUAUAGCAAUCAUAUCGAUCCUGUUUAUGAUAACACUCGCCCUCCGUGCGCGCGACGCGACCCUUCAUGCUCCUGGCCAGAAAUACUGGGUCAGCGCGCACAACUACCAAGUCCACCUCGACUGUGUUGGCAAUUCAUCUUACAGCAACUCCCCUUCCACAGUCCUCCUCGAGGCUGGCGAAGGCCCCGUCGAGCACACUCUACAACCCUUUAUCAACGAGCUCUAUCAAAAGGGCGCCAUCCCACGCUACUGCUACUGGGACAGACCGGGUAUGGCUUGGUCCGACAACGCACCAUCUCCCUUCUCUGCAGGUAUGGCCUCCGACGCACUCUCCGAAGCGCUGGCCCUGGCCGGUGAAGAGGGCCCUUUCGUUCUCCUCUCUGCAGGCAUAGGAAGCAUAUACAGCCGUAUCUUUGCAAGCCGCCACCUCCUUGAAACCAAGGGCAUUUUUCUCAUUGACCCCUUGCACGAAGACUACCUCUCCGAUAUUGCCAGCCCAGGCCGCGGUUUUUGGCUCUGGAUCCGUGGUAUUUUAUCACCGUUGGGUCUUGAUCGAAUUGCGGGCGCGAUUUUCAGGCACCGGACGCGUGAAGAUAGGGUGUUUGGUCAGAGCGCUUAUCAGACGGGGAAAUUUAUUCGUGCAAAAUUGCAGGAGAAUCUUGUUGCGGGGUCUAUGACGUCGUCGGAGAUUCAGGCUGCGAGGCAUGUCCAAAUGGCGGAUACGCCGCUCAUCGUUGUGAGCUCUGGCGAUAAGGUCGGGAAUGACAAGAAGUGGGCGGAUAAGCAAGAGGAUUCAACGGCUAUUACGAAGAAUCUCAAAAAUUGGGACAUUGUUCAGGAUGCACCCCAUGAGGUUUGGAGGACUACAGAGGGGCGACAAUUGCUGGAGGAGAGGUUGCGAGAAAUGGUAUCGGGUGAAUGA